CUGUGAGGAUUCCCUCACCACGCUGAACGACGUGCGCGUUUUCCACGUCAGGACGCGUCCUUGUUUUUUUGUCAUCCGGGUCUUCAACUCGCCUCUCACGGGCUUUAUUUACUUUCCAGUGAACGCAGAGCUCGCGCUGGCGCUCCGUGCGCGCGCUCAUUAUCCGGCACGUCGAAACGGAGUAAACACGUUUUGAAAGUUCAGUGCAAUCAGUCAGAUGAAGAAAACUGUUACUGCUAUAAGAGAAUCUGAUUGUCAUCUACAGGUUUCUUUUUUUAAUGCUUUUUCUGGUGAACAUUUGAUGGCUCCGGAAUGGAGAUAGCCUUGGUGAGUUUGGAGAACGGAGAAGGCUGCCGGGGCGCACGCGAGCAGUUCACGUCGUCGACCCGAGACGUCGGGUGCGUCAAGGAGCUUAACCUGGAGCCGAGCUCGUGGAGGAUGCGCGACGUGAGCGACUCGCUUAGUUGUGCCGAAAGCGCCGCGGAAGCGCUGCUGCGCGCCGACCGCGUCCCGCACCUCUUCGACGAGGACCUGUCGGACGUGGUGGACGUGAUGGACAACCUGGACAAUGACGGCAGCAGCGAGCGUGUGCUCAUUAACAUCGCCGGGCUGAGGUAUGAAACGCAGCUGGGGACCCUCAACCAGUUUCCGGACACCUUGUUAGGAGACCCAGACAAGAGGAUCAAGUACUUUGACCCACUUCGAAAUGAGUACUUCUUUGACCGAAACCGGCCGAGCUUUGAUGGGAUUCUGUACUUCUACCAGUCAGGUGGAAAAAUCCGUAGACCCGUCAAUGUGUCCAUUGAUGUAUUUGCCGAUGAAAUAAGGUUCUACCAGCUGGGUGAAGAGGCUAUGGAACGCUUUCGUGAAGAUGAGGGUUUUAUAAAGGAAGAAGAAAAACCCUUACCACAAAAUGAGUUCCAGAAACAGGUGUGGCUCAUUUUUGAGUACCCCGAAAGCUCUAGUCCUGCCCGUGGCGUCGCCAUUGUAUCCGUGAUCGUCAUCACCAUUUCCAUCAUCACUUUCUGCUUGGAGACUUUGCCCGAGUUCAGGGAUGAGAGGGAGCUUCAAGCAGCAGGCAGGACAUCUGUCAACUCCACUUUACAAGCACGCCCAUCACUCACAUUCUCCGACCCAUUUUUUGUUGUUGAGACUACCUGUGUGAUUUGGUUCACCUUUGAGCUUAUCGUCAGGUUCUUCGCCUGCCCCAGCAAAUCCAAGUUCUCCAAAACAGUCAUGAACAUCAUCGACAUAAUGUCCAUUAUGCCUUACUUCAUCACAGUAGGGACAGAGCUUGUGGAGCAGCAGCACGGUCAGGAUCAUGACAAUGGGCCACAGCAACAGCAGGCCAUGUCGCUGGCCAUUUUGCGAGUUAUAAGACUAGUGAGGGUGUUCCGCAUCUUUAAGCUCUCACGGCACUCCAAAGGUCUCCAGAUCUUGGGGCAGACUCUGAAAGCCAGCAUGCGAGAGCUAGGCCUUCUCAUCUUCUUCCUUUUUAUUGGUGUAAUACUUUUCUCAAGCGCUGUAUACUUUGCUGAGGCUGAUGAGCCCGAAUCUCAUUUCUCCAGCAUCCCAGAUGCCUUCUGGUGGGCUGUGGUUACGAUGACGACUGUUGGCUAUGGUGACAUGAGGCCUGUAACAGUUGGAGGAAAAAUUGUAGGCUCACUAUGCGCAAUCGCUGGUGUGCUGACAAUUGCAUUGCCUGUGCCUGUGAUCGUUUCCAACUUUAAUUAUUUCUACCAUCGAGAAACCGACCAGGACCAAGCAGCACUUAAGGAUGAGCCCUCCAGCGAUGUCCAUGGAUGCAGCAGGUCGCCCCUGAAUUCUACAGAUGUUGAAAGUCAGAGUACACCAGUGGGAAAGGCUAACAUUAAAGCAAACAGCAGCACAGACAUUAAAGAUUCCCUGUAUGGUUUUUGCUUAGACACAAGGGAAACAGAUUUGUAGUGCCAGUUUGCAAAUAGAUUUUCAGUUAGGUGUGUGGAUUUUUUUGGAUUUUAUUUUAUCAGUAGAGUUUGGUCAAAAAACAUUAAGACACCCUAAGUCUUAUACACUGAUUUAAGUCUUUACGCACCUGAAAUGAUCAACAUGUCACCACCACAAGCUUUUUUAUUGUUUUUUUUUUUUCAUUAGACCCCUAACAGAGCUUCUUGUCUCUCUGAAUCCAAGCUGGACGCUAUAAAUAGUAUUUAAGAGUUAACACUAGGUUUCAGUUCAACCAUGUCAGGAUCAUGGUUGCUGAUAUGGUUGUUUCAAAUGUAACAGAAUUCAUGGAGCUACAGUAUUUCAGAUGCGUGGACACACAUAAAUCUUUUGAAUAAAUUAUAGAGACUUCCAAAGCAAACUUUACUAUUUAAUUUUUAACUUGGAGUAUGAAGUAUAUAAAGAAUCCAGUUUUUUGAUUUUUUUUUAUUUAUUUUAUUACAAAUUCUUUUAAAUAGAUGAAUUCCGAUUUAAAAGGUAUUGCACAAAAGCAAAGAAAGCUUGGUUUUUUUUGUUGUUGUUGUUGUUUUGACUUCAUAAGGAUACAACUAUUUUUUUGACCUGGACAUCAGAACAUCAGAAUCAGGAUGGACAAAGAGGCAUAUGGGGAAUAGUGAGAGUGGCAGUGAAAGCAUUUUCGCAUGUGUGCUCAAUACUAAUCGUCAUCAAGUGCAUCACCUCUAGACGAUCUUCCAGAUACAAGAUCACAAUUGAAUGGAGGCAUUGAGGUUUUAGCCAUAACUCUUCCCACCUAUUUAAGAGUAAUCUAAACACCUGUGCCUUGAACAAGCUCACUGUUUUUUGACACUCUCUUGGUGUAUAGAACACACUCAACCCUCAAUAUAAAAACAGAUCCUGAUGAUGACUUCAGUUCAGCUUUUUCUCUGCAAACUAGACUCUGAAAAUAUAUAUGAAGGCUGGAUUCACACCUUUGGAGUGGAACUCAAAUCAGUCUGUGUGAGAGGUGAUCCCUCACCGUGCAAUAUCAGUCGACAUUAGUCUUGUCAUAUGGAAGUAUAUUAUGGAGUGAUAAUUUAUUUUUGUAAUGAUGUUUACCUAAUUUCUAUUUUUCUAAUGUGAAGUUUCCCUUCCCAGUGAAGGGCCAAGUCUCCCCAAGCACACGUUAAGCUUAGGUGCUUAAUAUAAAGGCUUCAGAAAAGCAAAUGCUCACUUUUUUAAUCAGGGUAUGUAUGUUAUAUUAUUGUUUCUACUAUAUGGGAAUUAUUUUAGUCUUCAGUGUAGAACAGGAGCCUCAUUAGGCUUUUCUGAUUUACCAAAGUGGGUCUCAAUUUGCUGUUGAUGUGUGGCCAAAAGCUUUUUUUCCCUUCUUUAUACUAUUUGUUUUUAUAGAUUUCCUGAAUUUCAAGCCAUUUUUCAUCCGUUUCUUUAAUAAUGGACAAUUGAAAACCAAAACGGAAUCCUGAAAUCAAAGGGACACUGCUGGAAUCAUCUUUAAGGAAGUGUAAAACCUAUGCCUAGAGUGACAUAAUGCUAUUGUUAGAUAUUUUGAUAUGAUAUGAUGAACUUAAUCAGUGUGCUACCUUUAUUAUAUCCUGCAAUCAAGUGUUGCUUUGUUAUACCUCUGUUCUGUGUAAAACCAUGUCUUUAUAUGACAUGCCCAUUGUACCUGUUUUACCAAACCAUGUUGUUAUUGUCAGUAGUCUAGGAACUAGGCACUGGAGUUUUUUUCAUCAUUUUCAUAAUUUAAUAACAGUUCUGAUAAUAAGAAUACUUUUACUGACCUCCAACUGUCCUUUAACACCCAGAAAAACAAGCAGCAAAGUUGGUCUAAAGCCUUCUUUUCAUUUAAAAGUCAUCCCUUUAAAUGUCGCAAUGUUUUUCUAAAUUGUUAACAUUUUGACGGUCUGAAGUCAUGAAUAAAGUAAAUGAUUGUUGGUGUAUCUUUUUAGUGAUACAGUAAUGGAAUAUAAAGAGACAUCAAACAUUGAGUUUGUGGCAUUUACAUUGAACAGUGUAAUAAUCCAUGCUGUGCUCAAAUCAAUUAUUACAACUAUUGAUAAUAAUAAUCUUUUAUUGGUGCAAUCUGUGACUUACUAAUAAUUAUUUAUUAAUGCUAAAUGUUUCAUUAUUUUCAGCAUAUUUGAAGCUGUCGAAUUUUAUCCAUCAGAGAAUUAAAUGAGCUUUUGAAUUUAAAAGUAUAAAACACAACCAAACAACCAGGAAACAGCUUUUGGUUCCAUAUAUUUUAGGAAAUACUGUUAUGUAAAGAAAUAAUAAUGCAUUUAUAAAAUUAUUAAUAUAAUUAAGUUGCUGUUAGCCUUGUCUCUGAUUACAUAAAUUAUAUUGUCUGUAGAUAUGCAGUAAAAAAAAAAAUCUAAAAUCCCUGAAAUAAUAAAGAUAAGGUUCAAAUUAUUGCAUUUGCCAAAUAUAAUACAUUUCAGAUCUAUAACAGAUUCUAUAGCCUAGUAUAAUCAUUGUGAGGAAUAAAAUAUGUGGCUACUCAAGUGUAAAAUUGCAUAAAUGUGUGUUUCUGCUUUCUUACAUUUCUGGGCUUUCAGGAUAAUUUAAAUUUGUGACAAGUAAAGUAAACAGUGUGCUUGUUUCCUAGCUGAGGUUUAAGGGCAAGAAUGUCUUGUGACCAUGAUCUUUCAUACACUGUGUAAUCUAUACAAAAAUGUCUUACUAAAUCACACUCAUCCACCCUCCAGAACAGCUGAUGGCAUUGAUUAAAGAAGCUAAGAUGAUGGCAAUUUAGUAUUGAUAUAUUGCUUUUUGCCACUUACUCAGAAACCAGACAUUUGGCGUGUUGUUUGUGUUGGCGUGCACCAUUGUUGCAAAUACAGCUUAAUAAUGCCAAUUCCGAGUGGGGGAAAUGUACCAUGUGUGCUAUGGAAGAACUGCUGUCUAUUAAACAACCUCUCCCAUGCUGUAGGAGUACAGUGGGGAGUGAAGUGGGCAUCCAACGUGACUAAAAGGCCCACUCCUCUGUGUUACGAACAAAGGGAAUAACAGCAACCGAGAAAAAAUGUUUGCCUGCUCAGUCCCAUGGAGAGGAAAGAAUGAGAGCCCUUACUGACAUUAGAAGGCAGUGUGGAGGUGAUGGCAGUGGGUCUGAGCAAGAGCUUUUAUGAUAAUGAAAUGCAGUGCAGCCUGUGCAUAUGUGGAGAUAACUCCUAAUUUCAUUAAAUGCAUUACUUGUGGCUGCAUCUGAUUCUCUAAGUUAAAGACAACUCUGAACAACGCUUGUUAGCCCACCAAUAGAACAUUGAGAAGGUCAGCGUGAAAACCCCAAAAUAUGGGACAUUAGUUGUGAAUGCAGUUGGUAUCAAAGAAACCAGAGCAAAACAAAGUGUGAUUAUGCAACAUGUGAUUAGCAAAUGCCUGA